AUGAAAUGGUUUAUUUGUAUAUUAGUGAUACUAUCAAAUAUUUUUGUGAUAAGCUUUGCAAGUAUAAUUCCAUGGCGUAGUAAUAGCAUUUAUGGAUACUGCGUCAAUAUAUCAGUCAAAAUGGAUCCAAUUCAAAAAAUUAUUUUUGAAAGAACACUGAAUCUACCAGAUGGAGGAAUGAUUGGAGCUCCAGAAGUGCUUCAACUUGGCCAAAAUCUUAUACAUUUAAUACAAGCUAAAAAAGCUAUCGAUAUAGGUACCUAUACUGGUUCAUCAGCAGUAGCCUGGGCCUUAGCAAUGCCCAAGGGAAGCGAAGUACUAACAAUCGAUAUCUAUCCGGGAAGCUAUAAUAGCAUCAGUCGUGAUUUUAUUAAAGCUAGACCAGAUAUUUAUCCAAAAAUCAAACGGCAUAUUGGAUUAGCGGCGCAAAAACUAGAUGCAAUGCUUGCUUCUGGAGAAGCUGGAAAAUGGGAUUUCGUAUUUAUCGAUGCUGAUAAAAUUAAUUAUCCACGAUAUUAUGAUCAAUCGGUUAAUCUACUGCGACCUGGAGGUGUUAUUUUAAUUGAUAAUGCCUUAUGGGGUGGAAGUGUAGUCAAAGGAUCUGGUUAUAUAAAAGAUCGCAACACGGCAGCUGUCGAUGAAACAAAUCAGAAAGCUUCAAAAGAUCCCCGCGUAUACAAUUAUUUGAUGAAUAUUGCCGACGGCAUACAUGUAAUUUUCAAAAAGAAUACUAAAUUAGGGAAAAACACCUAA